ACUCGAGAAGACUUAGACAACAACACUAAAGACCUAACACACACACAAACACAAUCUUUUGUCUCCUUCUCUCUCUCUCUCUCACAAGCCGAUCGUAAGAAAAGUUUGUCAAACGAUGGACGCCACGAAGCUAAGUGAACUAAAGGUCUUCAUCGAUCAAUGCAAGUCUGAUCCUUCCCUCCUCUCUACACCUUCUCUCUCCUUCUUCCGCGAGUAUCUCCAGAGUCUUGGUGCUAAGCUACCUUCUGCUGCUGCUAGUGAAGAGCACAAAGACACCAAAGAGAAGAGCUUCGUUGUGGAAGAAGAUAGUGAUGAUGACAUGGAGGAAACUCAAGAGCCAAAACCCACCGUGGAGGUUGAGGAAGAAGAAGAGGAUGAGAUUGUUGAAUCUGAUGUUGAGCUUGAAGGAGACACUGUUGAGCCUGACAAUGAUCCUCCUCAGAAGAUGGGAGAUUCAUCAGUGGAAGUGACUGAUGAGAACCGAGAAGCAUCUCAAGAAGCCAAGGGCAAGGCCAUGGAGGCUCUCUCUGAAGGAAAGCUUGAUGAAGCAAUUGAGCAUUUGACCCAGGCAAUAACGUUGAAUCCUACAUCAGCUAUUAUGUAUGGAAACAGAGCCAGUGUCUACAUUAAGCUGAAGAAGCCAAACGCUGCUAUUAGAGACGCAAACGCUGCAUUGGAGAUUAAUCCUGAUUCUGCAAAGGGAUACAAGGCACGAGGUAUGGCUCACGCCAUGCUUGGAGAAUGGGCAGAGGCUGCAAAAGACCUUCACCUUGCAUCUACCAUAGACUACGAUGAGGAAAUUAGCGCAGUGCUCAAAAAGGUUGAACCUAAUGCGCAUAAGCUAGAGGAGCACCGUAGGAAGUAUGACAGACUACGCAAGGAAAGAGAUGACAAGAAGGCUGCACGUGAUAGACAACGUCGCCGCGCUGAAGCACAGGCUGCCUAUGAUAAAGCUAAGAAAGAAGAACAAUCAUCAUCAAGCAGAGGAGGUGGUUUCCCUGGCGGAUUCCCAGGGGGCUUCCCUACAGGAAUGGGAGGUAUGCCGGGCGGUUUCCCUGCAGGAAUGGGAGGUAUGCCGGGCGGUUUCCCUGCAGGAAUGGGAGGUAUGCCCGGUGGUUUCCCUGCCGGAAUGGGAGGAGGAAUGCCUGCCGGAAUGGGAGGAGGAAUGCCUGGUGCAGGAGGCAUGCCUGGUGCUGGUGGUGCAGGAGCAGGUGCAGGUGGUAUGCCGGGUGGUAUUGACUUCAGCAAAAUAUUGAAUGAUCCUGAGCUAAUGACGGCAUUUAGUGACCCAGAAGUCAUGGCUGCUCUUCAAGAUGUGAUGAAGAACCCUGCGAAUCUGGCGAAGCAUCAGGCGAAUCCAAAGGUGGCUCCGGUGAUUGCUAAGAUGAUGGGCAAGUUCGGAGGAGCACCUAAGUAGAAGAAACAAAACAAGGAGCUUUUGUCUUUUGCAAUUUAUGUGUUUAACUUCAUGAGAUGAGACGUGGAAUAUUUUUUAAUUGGCGUUUUCUUUGUCAGAGAAAUUUGAACAAAAGACAAAACUAUUUACUCUUUUUUUUAUGGACUUUCUAAGUUUUGCAUA